GAAGAUGUAGGCCUAUUGAAACUGUUGACCAGAGAUGCUGCUCGGUUCAAAGAUCUCUCAGUAGCUACAUUAUCAGUCAGUUCUGGUGGCGUUGAUACAAGCUAUCAAAUUCCAAAGCAAGGUUCGACAUGUCAUUCUUCUCCCACAACUAGGCUAUAGACCAAAUAACCGAAGUCACAUCGUGCUCCUUGCGUCUUCUAAAAGCUCCUCCGUCUUCUAAAAGGUUCUUGAUAUGUCUUAUCAAACCUAUCGCGUCGAACGACAAAACAGACCCCUGGGGUCUUUGAUGGUUUUGUAUUGGGGAAAAAAAUGGUGUUUUCGAUAGUGUCUUUUCAUUGGUCGGCUCAUAGUCAGACGGUGUGUUAAGUUCUUGCUGAUUCGUCGAACUUGCGGCUAUAGCCAAUGAGAGCAGUAUACUUGUCUUGGGGGCUGGCUGAAGAAGCGCGAAGUCCCGUCUUCUGUCAUAUACGCUAUUGCAUACUUUCUAGAAAUUAUGGCUCUUAACCGGUUGGUACAACUUUGCCCAUGAAGUUCACACCUUCGUGACAGUAGUUAUUAGAGUCACCUCAGCGUGUGCGCACUGCAGCUAUGAUACUGAAAAUCUUGGACGUGAAGAAACCAGCCUUCCCCUGGUUUGGGAUGGACAUCGGCGGCACGCUGGUCAAGCUGGUCUAUUUCGAGCCCAAGGACAUCACGGCGGAGGAGGAGCAGGAGGAGGUGGAGAGCCUGAAGAGCAUCCGCCGCUACCUGACCUCCAACGUGGCCUACGGCGACACGGGCAUCCGCGACGUCCACCUGGAGCUGUGCAACCUGACCAUCUGUGGCCGCACGGGCAACCUGCACUUCAUCCGCUUCCCCACGCACGACAUGCUUGGCUUCAUCCACAUGGGCCGCGACAAGAACUUCUCCAGCCUCCACACCACGCUCUGUGCCACCGGCGGAGGCGCCUACAAGUUCGAGGAUGACUUCCGCAUGAUCGCCAACCUGGAGCUCCAGAAACUGGACGAGCUGGACUGCCUGAUCAACGGCUUGCUCUACCUUGACUCGGUGGGCUUCAACGGACACCCCGAGUGCUACUUCUUCGAGAACCCCUCGGACCCUGAGAACUGCGUCAAGCGGCCGUGCUGCCUGGAGAACCCGUUCCCCAUGCUGCUGGUCAACAUCGGCUCGGGGGUCAGCAUCCUGGCCGUCCACUCCAAGGACGACUAUAAGCGGGUCACCGGGACCAGUCUGGGAGGGGGGACGUUCCUGGGUCUGUGCUGCCUGUUAACAGGCUGUGAGACGUUCGAGGAGGCUCUGGAAAUGGCCGCCAAAGGGGACAGCUCCAACGUGGACAAGCUGGUGAAGGAUAUCUAUGGAGGAGACUAUGAGCGCUUUGGCCUCCAGGGGGGCGCUGUUGCCUCCAGCUUUGGCCACAUGAUGAGCAAAGAGAAACGCGAUAGCAUCAGCAAAGAGGACCUGGCCAGAGCCACACUCGUCACCAUCACCAACAACAUCGGCUCACUGGCGCGCAUGUGCGCCGUCAAUGAGAAUAUUGAAAGAGUUGUUUUUGUGGGCAACUUCUUGCGAAUCAAUACUGUGUCAACCAAGCUGCUAGCCUAUGCUAUGGACUUCUGGUCAAAAGGACAGCUUAAAGCCCUCUUUUUGGAACAUGAGGGCUAUUUUGGGGCUGUCGGCGCUUUUCUUGAGUUACUAAGGAUGACCGAUGACCUGUAAAACAUGAAGGAGAACCAAUAGGAACCAGUUUGUGAGGUUCCAAGCCCUAACAUGACAAGCUGCUUAAAUGGUGUCAGGAAAAGCCACUAUCGGGGAGAAGCCAUUUUUGAAAAUGAUGUAACUGUCUAACAUCAUUGCCUCUUUCCCUCCUCACUAUUAGUCGGAUUUACUACUAAUUAAUGUAAACGGUCUCUUAGAGGAGAGAAAAAAAAUAAUAUUUAUUUUUUAUUUUGCUGCUGAGAAGCACGCCUUCCUGGUACUGCCUGUAGAGAAAUAACAAUCCAUGUGUUUCUUACCAGUGUCCUCGAAAGCCAGAACCUACUGAUUCACUUUUGUUUUGUUGUUUUGUUGUUGUUUUGUUUUUGUUUGUUUUUUGUUUUUGUGCUAACUCUCUGACCACUUCGUAGGAAAUGGACCUAAAAGUUAAUGUACAGUAGUAGGUUUUCAUUCCGCUUUUGCGGUCCAACGUGCCGCUUAUAUGCAGUCUUCAGUCAGAAUCAGUUCAUCAUAAACGAUAGAGCUAACUACAGUGCUACCAAACAUCUCAUCCUAGUCACUCAUGCAGGAGACUUUUGCUUGUAAAUACUUUUGUGUUUUUAUUUAAAGAAAAAAAAGAUAUUUGCCUCCCUACUUUACCUAGAAUGCCGUCUCCAUGCACGUCCAAUGAUUGACAUGGACCAAACAGUGACUCUCGAUAAGGAACCAAGUUCAUGCCCUGAGAUGUGACCUCAGUGCAAGUCUCACAAAAUCAACUGUCACGUAUACAGCGACUCAGUAUCCAUUAACUCACAUGGCAAUUUGGCGGUGUAUGACUUACAGGCGAUGAGCAAAAGACACCGGUCAAAGCCAGACUAACACCAGACUUCAACCGUACUUAACUGUACUUCCAUGCCCAUAUAGUUCCUGAACCCUGUUAUGGUUGCUGUCCAUGCUGGACUGAGUCUGUUUUAAACUCUAGCCCACUGUAAGAUGAAUGCAGUCAUGGCCUUUAGGGGUGUUUAACUAGGGUUAGAGUUAUAGCUUUCGAGUUUAGUGUUGAACUCUCGCCAAAAGAUUCAGAAACAAACGUCUAUGGUGAGAAAUGAGAUGCUGCUUGUUGCAUGGCCUGUAAAGAGCUAAUCUGCAUUUUUUUGUUUUAAACUGACCUGUUAAACCCUUCUUCAUAAUGCCUUCCCCCCUCCUUCUCAACCACCUUGUCCCAUAAAGCCAAAUGUAUUCUGUGCAGGGUGAAAUGCAUUGGAGUGGGACGCAAACGUAUUUUUAAUGUUUUUAGAGUUGACUCGGAAGAGAGAAAUGCCUUUGCCAGUCUUGAGCAAAGCUGUGCACAAAUGCUUUAUCAUAUAAACUGGGCAGUGAUUCCAAAAUGUUAUAUAAACUACUAUAAUCAACCAAUGUUAAAUCAACCGGAAAAUCUCCGAGAACAAAUGAAAAGCUGCAAGUCACUGGAGUAGUGCAUAAAAAAAUGUGUUUUGUAGAUCUGGAUUCGCAGAAACAAAUCCUAAUUUCAGUGAUUUCAUAAUCUGCCUAAAAUGCUUAUAGUCAAAAAACCAAAAUGGCAUUAUUCUUCUCCCUACCUCAGUCUUCUACGACCCUGAAGUGCACCCCUUCACACUGUGGCUGGGGUGACUCCAAAUUGUCUUGUUCUAUGCCAGUCUACAAGCCUAGUUUGGGUUUUCCAAACUGACAUUACAGCUAAAAUCUGGUUAAUAUACAUGAUAUACAUACAAAAAUGGUUGGCAUGAAGUAUAUCUUACAGGACUUUUAUAAAAUGACAGGAUCAUGGGAAUGGCCCGGUAGCAAUUCUAAGUCACUGAAUCUAAAUGUUGCCUUUCUGGUGUAAAUCAGAAAAGAAUUCAAGCAUAUUGUAAAUAGCUUCACCCCAGCAAUUGAAAACAAACAUUAAGCCAUUAAAUAUGAAUAUAUAAAUGGCCAAUAUCCAUCAUCCCAGUCAAAAUCACUCCAACAGGAUUGUUCUAAGCAAUAUAUGAAAACAAUCACUUUGUUGGUUUAUUCCACCUACAUGAAAAAGUAAUAUAUGAAGAAGAUAUAACUGAAGAAUCUUAAGCUGUCACCCAAGUGUUUUACACUCCUUACAGGAUGUCUUAGUGACCAUACGAAACCUGCGUAUCCUUUCCUUUGACACUCUUUGGUGUCAAAAAAACAACCAAGCCAGUCAAACUCUACAUCUGCUGGAGUGAGACUAGCCAAACACUAUGAAUAUGUCAGUGAAAGUAUUUUUGUCUUACUUGUAAAUAGAACCAGGUCCCUCUUUCCUUCGCUAUCUCUCGCUACCUCUAUCAAACUUUCUAUAUAUCCAUUUAACUUUCUUCUCUUUCUCUUACUGUCUAUCUAUUUUUUCUUCCUUUACUGUCUAUGUCUGUUAGUCUCCAUUUCUGUUUCUCUAUGGCCAGUCCCCUUUAUUGCCUUAUGCAGCUUUAUAUAAUGUUGAAGUUGGUUUAAUUGUGUAACACAAUAGCAACAGUCUUUCUUUUUUUUUUUUAAAGCUUUAGUUUCAUAAUUGCUGUGAUGCUACUGCUUAUGUUUCUGACUUAUCCAUGAUUUUCUAAUCAUAAAAUAACUGGCACGUUUGUACAAUCUUUCUUUGCAAAUGCAGAUAAACUAAUGAUAAAUAGAGUAGCUAUGCUGCUAAUUAUUUAGUUAUUGAUCAUUUCGAAAGAUCGACUGAAAAAUGUCAUAUAUGGUAGUUUUUAAUGUGCAGGUAUAUUUAUCAGAUAUGUAUAAUCUGUGUUUUUUUUAUUAAGGAAAAUGGCUUUGAACAUCUUGUUGGCUGUUGUUAUUAUGGAGUGGUACAAAUUCUUGCAUAUAUGCAACUGCAUAGAGUCAAACAUUAACUCUUUGAGACACUCUUCCAGCUUUUAAACGGGGUGCCUUCGUUCAUUCAGCUUGAACUGUAUUUUUCUUCAUGUUGUGUCUUCCUUCACAAUACACAACACAGACGUCACAAUAUCCCCUUCUGCUGUCCUAGCCACUGUCCCGAUGUCAGUCCCAGAUGUCUUACUCACGUUCCUUUGCCUUGUUGCAUGUGCCCUUGUUUGUGUUCCUGCGUAAGACACGGCGGCCCUGUGAUGGGCACGAGUUAAAAGCAGUGUUUAGCACGUCACACUGAAACCAUAUCGGUGGGAGCAGUAUAAACCCCUCAGCAUCAAACCAGAGGCUUAAACUUAAUUACGUCUGUAACUUAACCCCGAGGUGGAGUGGGGUUGGGGUGGGAUGGAUCAUGAAAAUGGUGAGGAAUGUGGCUUUGCACACUGUCUUCUGUGGUUACAGUGUUUGUGUUGUCAUUCAUCACUGUCCAGGCUGUUAGUGAGGUUUUCGUUUUACCCACAAGAGCGGUCUGCGAUAUGGCUGAAAACCAGACCAUAAGGCACUGGACAGUGGCUCGCGGGUCUGCCGGGCCUCCCCCAGGGCAAAUGGUUUUUUGUUUACUUUAGUUCGGCAUGAAUGAAUAUGGCCGCUCAUCCUGGCGGCAAACAUUAGCCUCAGAAGUGCAGCGGCUUUGCAGUUUUCUUGCUGAUGGGGUUUAUUCCAGUUACUUUUUUUUUUUUUUUCAUGUGAUCAGAGGCACUCUAACCCGGCUUCAAAAAAAAGUAAAAGUGCUGCUUUGUACUCCCUCUGCUCAUGCACUACAAUGCAAAUUAGGAUCAGCCACUGAAGUGACUGGUUGGGACAAACAUGUGAUAGGACUUUUAUUUCCUGAAGCCGGGAUGUCUCCACCUCUGCUCACGAUUAGUUGAUGCACAGAAAUCACGGCAGGUUUUCCUGUUAUCUGGAAAGCUGUCGUGAAGCAGCAGUCUCACACUGUAACCUCACUCAGAGCCAGACAUGCAGUACUGUGCAAAGUUUGGUGUGUACUUUUCCAUGGCCUGAAGGCCAGGCACCUUUCCAAAAAACAAAAACAAAACAAGACAACAAUAACGGUGCCUGAGUAAACAGGUGUUGGUUAUAAAGCCCUUUAGUGUUGGGACACACCGGCCUACUUAAGUAUCCUGAUGUUUGAUGGGUGUUUACAUGAUAAAACAGAUUUUGUGGUGUAAUACCAUGAGGAAUGAAGUGUUUAUUAAUGUAUUUUUUAAUCAUCAAUGUCAUGAUUUUCUUUUCUUCCUCUUUAAGUCUAUUGCUCUGCUCUCUCUGUCUGUCUGAACAUGUUGUAUAUUUUCAUUAAAUGCAUCAUAACUCA